GCCCUUUCUCAUGUAGUCAUCAUGAAUGCAGCAGAAACCCUCGUGGCUCUGUCUCUCCUUCAUAUCUGCUCUUCAGUCCCUGUCAGCCGCCCCACUAACUGGCUCAGACAAUGUCGUGCCUCCACCAACCUCUCCAUCACUGCGCUGGAGGUGCUGCCGGGCGGAGGCUGGGACAACCUCCGAAACAUGGAUGUGGGUCGAGUCAUGAACCUCAGCUACUUCCAUUGCCAGACCACUGAAGACGGGCUCUACCUCAUCCCAGAUGAGGUGUUUGUCAUCCCGCAGAAGGCGACGGGCGUGGAGACCAACUCAGAGAUAAUCAGCUCUUGGCUGGAGCAGAAAAGCUCUACAUCCUACACCAUAAAUGCGGAUAUCUCCUUCUUCUCUGUCCUCAAUGGCAAAUUUUCUACAGAGAACCAGAGGAUGAAAACCCACCAAGUCAAAGACUCUUCGACCACAGCCAGAGUGCAAGUUCGGAACUUCAUCUACACAGUUAAGGCUUAUCCAGACUUCACUCUGGACACGCGCUUUGCUCAACAAGCCAAAGCGAUAGCUGAUGCAAUUGAAAACAACCAAACAAGGAAUGCACAAUAUCUCUCAGAGAAGAUGGUGUUGGACUAUGGAACCCAUGUUAUCACCAGCGUCGAUGCUGGAGCUACUUUGUUGCAGGAAGACUACCUCCGUUCAUCGUAUGUGUCAGACAGUAUGUCGCAAAGUUCCUCUAUCACAACACAGGCAGGCUUAAACUUUUUUGACAAAAUCAAGUUUGACAUAAGCAGUCAAAAUACCCAGCAGAGCUCUUCACUUAAAACAUAUCAGUCCAAUAUUCAGUACUCUCUUAUUCAAAGCCACGGUGGUGGCACACCUUUUUAUCCUGGCAUCACUUUGCAGAAGUGGCAGGAAAGUACCAGGAAUAACCUGGUUGCUAUUGAUAGGUCGGGUUUUCCCCUACACUACUUUAUAAACACCAACACCUUCCCUGAUCUGCCACAGCCUACAGUUGGCAAAGUGGCUCGGACAGUGAGUAAGGCCAUAGAGCGAUACUACCAGGUGAACACGCGACCUGGAUGUGUCGACAUAAACUCCAAAAAUUUCAACUUCCAAGCCAACGUGGAUGAUGCAUCCUGCGAAGGCCCCGCUACAAAUCUCAGCUUUGGUGGCGUCUACCAAGAGUGUGUUCAACUCAGCUCAGAUGCAGGUCCACUAUGUGAAGCCCUGGCCCAAAAAAACCCAGAUACAGGUGCCUUCUCCUGUCGUGCGCCUUAUGCUUCCACUUUACUGAGAUCAGAAGUGAGACAGCAGGGAUACACUACGUACGACUGCUAUGACUACAGCUAUCAUUGUGGCUUUUUAGGUCUUUCACAUUGCCAUCGGAGAGUGUGCCAAGACAACUACCAUGUUCGCUCAGCUCGCAUCAACACCUACUGGUGCUCAGUAAAUGAUGGAAAAGCCCCAGACAACUCAGGGUAUCUGUUUGGAGGCAUAUACAGCCCCUCUCUACUGAACCCCCUCACCAACACCAAAAGCUGCCCAGCAAACUUCAUUGGAGUAAAGUUGCUCUCUGAUGGUGAAGUGAUCUGUGUGAGUAAAGACUACGAAGCUGCCACCAGAUACUCAGUGCCAUUCGGAGGCCUCUUCAGUUGUCAGUCAGGCAACCCACUGGCUGGAUCCCAACGUCGCUGCCCUCCCAAGUUCAGCCAGCAUCUCGCUGCAGUGAGUGACGGCUGUGAAAUUCUGUACUGUGUCCAAUCAGGACUGUUUACAGGUGGGCAGCUGCUUCCUGUCCGCCUGCCUCCUUUCACUAAUCCUCCACUUAUCAGCAUGCAGUCCACAAACACAGUUAUGGUGAUGACCGAAGGAGAAAAGAGCUGGGUCAGAGUGGGACAGACAAAGGCAUGGAAACUGGCCAAACCAGAGGAAAUCAACGAAAUGAUACGCAAGCUUAACCCAGAAUUGAAUCAGAUGUCUGCUGGAGAAAAGACAGCAGUAGUGUUUGGGGUCAUGGGCAUAAUUGUGGUGGUCAUAGCGGUAGUAAUUCUGCUGAAGAAGAGGAGGAGGCUGUCUGGGUUUAUGAGAGCUAGAGGCUAUGAGGAAAUCCGUGCAAAGGAAGACAAUGAAGGGGAGAUAGAGGUACGGCAGGAUGAGGUUUAAGAUAAACACAGCUUAGAGGGUUGGCUCGAAGAGAAAGAAGUUAAAGUGGUGUGACAAGACUUUUUGUCCUGAUCUUUCUUGUUGAUUGUCACCUCAGAAAUGACUGUCUUAUGGGAGUGGAAAUCAUUCACAUGUUUAAGUCUUUCAAAAUAUCAAUGAAACCAAUGACUAAUUCACACAGCCAUAUUUGAACAACUGCUACGGACGACAUGUAUCAGUUAAAGAAUACAUUUAUCGGAGGACAUUUUUUUCUGGCAGCAUUAUGUAACUUUAAGCCGUUGUUUUGCAUGAGUAAGCUUUGUAUUUUGCACUUAUACUUAUUAUCUUCACACAGUGUCAUACUAUGAUACAUGUAAGACAAUGCAGUUGGCCUUUGAAAAAACUCAAAUGUCACAUAGCACGAAAAAGAAGUGAUUUCCAAAGGCUUCAGUGAAACAAUAGCGCCCCCAUGAGGCCAAAGCCGUUUAUAAACAUUUUUUAUUUCCUAUUUCAGAACUUGAACACUUUGUUUCAAUGUGUCAAUUCAAAAACAUGUAAAUAUUCUUAUACAGAUAACUGAUAUUUUGUGAAGCAAAAUGUUAAUCAGAAAAAGAAGAAAAGAAACCUUAGAAUUAGGACUUGUUCAAUUUUUAGAUAGUUUUUCUACCAUACUACUAAAAUUGACAUAUAGAUGAAUGCAAGUCAAUUAAACUGCACUGCACAUGACUACUAAAUAAAGCAAUUUAAGACAAUUUCA